UCGACAUUUAAUUAUUGAAAGAUUGAAAAAAUCAUUAUGACAAAAAUAAUCUUAGUACGAGACUUUAAAGAAUAAUGAUAAUUUUGUUACUUCUACCCACGACGAAUAAUGCGGUGAUACCACCAUAAAACUUAGCAAGCCAUUUUAUCUCAUGACGUACGAUACAAACACGUACGAAUUGCGAUUCGACGAGAGGAAAUAGUAGGAUAGUAAAUCCGAGAAUGCCAAUACGUAGUACGAGAUUACUACGAUGGUGACGAGAACGUUCGUGUAAGGGCAUCCUUUGCAUACGAUUUAUGGUGGUUACAAUUGGAAAAUCAUACGUUUCCAGUAAUAUAUAGGUAGUGACGAGAUAAAAAAGGAGUGAAAUAAAUAUUUAAGCCUUUUAGAAAACUUUUCUUUUCUUUCAGGAUCAUAAGCACGUAUUCCGAUCAAGAAUUAAACGUGAGACCUGUUAAUCAUUUGUGUUGGUCAAUGGACAGACCUCAAUUUGCUGUUGCAUAUUGUUUCAAAGAUCGGAUCCAGCUGCCAACCAAUCUGAGCCCGAACGCUUACAUUUGGAACAUCGGUAUAUAAUCUGUAUUUUUAAUCUUCGAUUACAUAUAUCGUUUGAUUUAGAAUAUAGAUGAUAAGAACGAAAAAAAAAGAAAUAAUUUUUAUACAGAAAAGAAUUGCAAGAUAUUAAUCGACGAUGCAACAAUAUCGAAAACUAUAUGUAAUACAUAAAACAGAUAUUUAACUCUCUCUCUCUCUCUCUCUCUCUCUCUCUCUCUCUCUCUCUCUCUCUGACAUUGUAGAAAGACCUAACAAACCGUCGGUGAUCCUAAAGUCAGCUUCGGCGUCUAUGGCUAUCGAGUUUAAUCAACGUGACCCGUCGUUGCUGAUAAGUGGCUUGAUGUCCGGUCAAGUGUGCAGCUGGGACACAAGAACCGGUGAUUCGCCGGUGCAAAUAUCGGUACCUCUGAACAGUCACAGAAACCCAGUGAGCCAGGCGUACUGGAUCAAUUCCAAGACCAAUACCGAGUUCUUCUCGUCGUCUAACAGUGGCACGAUCAAGUGGUGGGACAUUAGGAAGUUGAGAAAGCCAACGGAGGUUCUAGUGAUGGACUUGCAAAAUCCCGAGAGACAGAGCAUAAAUGAAUCUAUCCCUAUCACCGUACUUCAAUACGAAUCUACCAUGGGUAGUAAAUUUUUGGUUGGACUCGAGAACGGAAUCAUCGUGAACGUCAAUAGGAAAGCUAUAUCAAAUUCCGAGAAACUCCAUACGAGAUACCAUUGUCAUUUUGGACCGGUAUUGAGCAUCGAUCGGAAUCCUACUAUUUUGAAGAACUUUUUGACUACCGGCAACAAUCAUGCCAAGGUUUGGACAGAGGAAACCAGAGAGCAUUGUCUGAUCAAGACGACAAGAAAAUUAGGCCUCCUGACAGGAACAUGUUGGAGCAGAUCCAGAUUAUCUCUUUUCUUUACGAUAAAUACGGAAGGUACGUUGGAUGCUUAUGAUCUAUUCCAAGGAAUACGUACACCGACCUAUCGAAUUCAAAUCUGUAAGAAAUCUUUAACAACUAUCAAACCUCACAACGAUGGUAAUAUCUUGGGCAUCGGUUCCGUUAAUGGAAAUGUUUAUUUCGUCUUAUGUGGAGGCUUAUUUACUACCACAUUUCCCCAUGACAAAUCCUUCUUCCUAUCGUAUCUAGAUAGAUGUAGUCUAUAUGAAAAAACAGUGGAAGCUCGAAAAAAAGAGACGACAUUGCUGAUUACUCAUGUACCUCCACAACAUUCAAAAUCAAAGUAUAGAAGCAGACCAAGGGGAUCGAAGGAAAUGCCAAGAAGGUCGAGAGUAAGAAGACAUCAUGGACCUCCGUUUGCCGAUGAUGAAGAAAUAAUCGAAGCGGAGAAACAAUAUUUUCUUAAAUUGGAGGCGGUAUUUGAACAACCUGAUUCAACGUCUCAUUUAACUUUUACUAAGCUUUUUUCGGAAACUUUAUUUCGCCUUAAGGAGAACUUACGUAACAACGAACUAUUCGAAUUGAAAUUACACGGUCCAAUUCAUCCCAUUUUCAAAAGUUUCAUAUUGCAUUAAUACGAAAUAUAGAUGAAAGGAAAUGAUGAAUGAUGAGAAAAUUAUCUUCGAUAUAUGAAAGUUUCAUGUAUCGAUUAAAAUUUCGAUCCUCGUACGUAUUCCAUUAUUUCAGGAGAAGGAAGCUUUUGAAUCGGAGGAUAGCAAAGAGAUAGAGAGGAUAUACGCUUAUCUAAGAACCGAACAAAUCGAACGCGAGAAAAAGAUAAUUAAAAUCGAGGAAGAGUAUGAAGAGGAAGAAAUAGAAAAGAAAAAAGCGGAAAGGCCAAUAGCUUUAACUUUAAAGACUCCACGAAAAACAUCGAUUGUCUCCACUUCGCUUGAGAAAAUCGGCGGAAAGUUCGAUGAAGAAAUUGACGAAUCUGAAGAAUUAAUCAAGAGGAAAGAUAGAAGGAGGCGAGCUCUUAGCGAGAUACCAUUGAAGAUUUGUUCGAUGGAUAUUUGUGAACCGAAAAUCUGUUGUGCAGACGUUGUUAAAGCAGAAAAAGAACGUAAGAUACGCGAGAAAGAAAAGGAGUUGAUCAGAAAGGAAUUGACACCUUUUACGAAGGAGUCAUUGUUCAAAAGAAAGAUGUCACUUACGGAACAGCAAUACUGGCAAGAGAAAAUAUCAGAGUUAAGCAAAGGUGUAGUAGAACGUACGCCACUACAAAAGAGAAGAAUUUUAUUGGGCAUUGAUGCACCACCCGAUGUCCUUACGAAGGAUGUCAAAGAUGCCAAAAAAUAUCUCGAAGAAUGGCGAGAUAAUCUAAGCGUUACAAGAAGUCCUUUCUACAGGUCUCGGAGUAUGCCACCUAUGAGAAGAAUGAGAGAUGAGAUAGAUGACGAAAAAAAGAAAGAGAAAGUGAAUGUCUACGAGCAGAAAUCGGUAGAAUCAUUACAAAUUAAGCGAGAAAUUUCAUUGACAUUAGAAGAACCGGUUUCUACCCCGAUUAAAAAGAUUGAAGAAUUUAAAGAAAUUAAAAGAAAUAAAGAAAACGAUUUAUAUCCGAGGAUAUCGGCAUAUUGUAUCA